GGUAAUCCGAGGAAGAGGAGGAGGAGGAGGUGGAGCAACAGUUGGAGUGGUCGGGGGUGGGGUUGUGGGGUUGGGGGGGGGCAGGAAAGGCAAGCAGAGACGCUCGGCGUUCCACUUCCACCUUCUCACAGCUGUGGAGGACAUCUCCAGGACGAGAUCACGAUGUCCUUCCCGAUCCUCUCUGAGCGCCACGAAUGUCCCAAGAAUGCUGAUUUGGAUCUUUACCAAAAGGGAGCACCAGUGAGCUAAAAAAAAAAAAAGAAAGAACUAAGAAAGAAAAGGAGAAGACGCAAAAAGGGGCCUGAAUCAAGUCCGGACAGUUCCCUCUUCGGAGGGCGCAGCCGUGUCGGGAUGCGCGUUCCCCGGCGGUCGACGCGGUGAUGGACUUUCCCGGCGGAGGUGGGCCCGAGACAAACGCCACACAGCUAAAUCUGGAUUAGCUGGCCCGAACGUGUCUCAAUGCUCCUCCACAUUCUAAAAUGAAGUUAUGGAAAAGUGCUACUUUUGCCUUCAUUCUCUGUGGCGCCGCCCUGUCUGUCAUCCUCGUUAGAAACAUGAGCACCACCGCCACGGGACCCCCCAAACCAAAGAGCACACACCGGGCCUCAUAUUCUUCCUCCUCCUCCUCCUCCUCACGGCACUCGUCCUCCUCGGGAUCCUCCUCCUUGCCCACGACCACCUGGAACGAGGGUCUUCAUCGGCGGACGCGCUCAGCAGACAACAUGAACUCGCUACUCUCAGAGUUAACCAUGAUGUUCCAGAGCUUCACCGAGGGCGAGCUUCAGCACGUGGUGGGGACUUUACUGGACGGGAGGAGGCGGAGGAGCCGCGAUCAAAGCCAGAGCCGAAGGACUAAAAGAGCCCGGCGGGCAAAGCCGUGCUCGGUGAGGGAGCUGGAGCUGACGGUGAGCGAGCUGGGCCUGGGCUACGACAGCGACGAGACGGUGAUGCUGCGCUACUGCAGCGGCAAGUGCGCGGCGCACAGGCGCAACUACGACGUCGCCAUGGAGCACAUGAUGAGGACAGGCUUCCGGAAGAAGGGCCGCAAGGACAAAGUGGGCAAAGGCCCCUGCUGCCGGCCCACCGCCUUCGAGAAAGAAUUCUCCUUCUUGGACAACCGGAGCCGCUACCACACCAUACAGAACAUUUCGGCCAAGAACUGCGGCUGCGUAUGA